AAGGUGUAUUUUAACGUUUAUUUUUUAAGAAACAAAGUUCUGAAAAGUUCGUUUACAACAGACAAAACACUAGCAUAUUCGUUGUCACGUGUUUAGUAAGUUCGGUAAGGUACGAAACUGUUGUUAACGUAAGGAGUCUCGGUAAAGGCGAACAAGUGAAGUGCAACAAAGAGGAGUAUCAACAGUCUCCUCGUACCGUAAGCGGAAACGGCAGGCCAUUGGACGUCGUUAUACCUGUCCUGUAAGUUGGAACGAGAGUCAGUCAGUCAGUCUGUCGGUGUGUGUUGUAGUGUGAUGUGUGGUUCGCUUACCUGAUUUUUCUCAUGUACGCCGGCAAAUAACAUGGAUAAUACGAACAAUGGAAACACUACUAAGACUUCAGAGGUGAAACUAGAAAGAGUUCUGGGAUUGACGGUAACCAACACUACUGCUUUAGAUUGCGAUUCUAAUUCUAGUACUAUUGCCUAUCCUGCAGGAUGUGUAAUUGUUCUUUAUAAUAUACGUAAAAAUAAACAAUCUCACAUCAUCAGUAACAGUAAGAAAACUAUCACUUGUCUAGCAUUUUCUGGAGAUGGAAGAUACCUUGUUACAGGAGAGUGUGGACAUCUGUCACAUGUUCGUGUAUGGGAUGUCCAAGAUCACUUGCCAGUAUCCGAGAUGUCGGGACACAAGUAUGGAAUUAACUGCGUGGCAUUCUCACCCAACAUGAAAUAUGUAGUUUCUGUUGGUUCUCAGCAUGACAUGACUGUCAAUGUAUGGGACUGGAGAGGAAAAGUCAAAGUUGCAUCCAAUAAAGUUUCCUGUAAGGUUAAAGCUUUAUCUUUUUCCUGUGAAGGAAGCUAUUUUGUUACAGUAGGAAAUAAUCAUGUAAAAUUUUGGUAUCUGGAAUAUUCCAGAACGUCAAAGUACAAAUUAGAAACAGUGCCACUCAUGGGUAGAUCAGCUAUCCUUGGUGAUCAACGCAACAAUUACUUCUGUGACGUUGCCUGUGGUCGAGGAGAGAAUGCCGACAGUACCUAUGCCAUCACCAAGUCUGGGAUAUUGUGCGAAUUCAAUGGCCGGCGACUGCUCGAUAAAUGGGUAGAACUCAGAACUUCAGGUGCCAACAGUAUAAAAGUCGGUGAAUCUCACAUCGUAGUUGGUUGUUCUGAUGGUAUAGUCAGGUGUUUUAGUCCAUAUAAUUUACGUUUCAUCUGUACGUUGCCUCGUCCUCACUUUUUGGGAGUAGAUGUUGCUAAGGGAAUGUCUGGAAAAUACCAGAGCUUACAAAAUAAUACAAAGUAUCCUGAUACUAUUGCUGUAACAUUAGAUGAAAUUCACAAAAAGGUGACGUGCAUAUAUAGUGAUCACAGUAUAUAUGUAUGGGACAUAAAAGAUACAAAGAAAAUUGGUAAAACUCAUUCGUCUUUAUAUCAUGGUGCUUGCAUUUGGGGAAUUGAACAUUAUCCAGAGUUAUCAAAUGGUGUUCUUCCAUCAGGGACAUUUCUGACCUGUUCCAGUGAUGACACUAUCAGGGUGUGGAAUUUUGAUUCUGGGAUAUCUCAGUCUUGUCCAUAUCAACGUAAUAUUUAUAGUUAUGAAUUAUUGAAGAUAUUUUAUACAGAUCCUGACUUUACAUUUCUCUGUGAUUCUGACAUAAAUCCAUCUGGUAGUAAUGAUAAAGUGGACACAGUUUAUGAUGGAAGAAAUGGUGUUCGCUGUCUCAGGAUCAGUCCAGAUGGAAAUCAUCUUGCUUCGGGUGAUAGAUCUGGAAAUAUCAGAAUAUAUGAUAUUCAAUGUGCAGAAAUGAUGUGUAAAAUAGAAGCUCACGAUUCUGAAGUAUUAUGUCUAGAAUAUUCCAGAUCUGUAAAUGGCAAAGGAAAAUAUCUUGCUUCGGCUAGCAGAGAUCGUCUGAUUCAUAUUUUUGAUGCAGAACAAGACUACGCUUUUUUACAGACGUUAGACGAUCACUCGUCUUCAGUUACCGCCGUGAGAUUUGUAAAUAUCAACAAGUUGCAGUUAAUAUCGUGUGGAGCAGAUAAAUCUGUGAUAUUUCGACAGGCUCAAUUUACGCCUCGCUUGAAAUUUGUUCGAGAGCAUCACAUGGUGGGAAAGACAACGUUCUAUGAUAUGGAUGUCGAUGCGCAGCAACAACACAUAGUUACGGCAUGUCAAGAUCAAAAUAUUAGAACUUACAGUGUUACUACAACAAAAUUGAGCCGUUCGUUUCAUGCCUCUCAAACUGAAGAGGGGACACUAAUUAAGGUAAUAUUAGAUCCAACUGGAACAUAUUUAGCUACUAGUUCAACUGAUAAAACAGUUUCAAUAUUUAAUUAUUAUACGGGUGAAUGCAUAUCCAUAAUUUCUGGUCAUUCCGAAUUGGUUACUAGUCUCAUAUUUUCUAGUAAUGGAAAAUAUAUUGUUUCUGUAUGUGGCGAUGGAUGUGUAUUUCUUUGGAGGCUACCUGUAGAAGUCACUCAGAACAUUAUUGCCAAACAAGCUGUUAGUAAUUCUACACAUAAUUUAUGGCAGGAUGGAAAAAAGACGGCUGUGACGGAACCUAUCCAGAUGGCAGAACGUGACGGACAGAAGAAGGAUCCUAAUUUCUCGUCUCUAGUUUGGGAUUCGCGCAUGAAAGAAGAUUUGGGAAUAUCAAUGGAGAAUUCUCCAGAAUAUCGUUUCAGUAUCGGUCAAUUACCCGGAUGGGCAAAAAAACAGAUAGUAGAAGACUCAACUACGUCAAGUUCCUAUUCGGAAUCUGAAAGUUCACUCACUAUUCAGCCUAGAGGUCGCUGGGCACAGAGAGUCGAUGGACAGGGUCUGGUUGUCCGAUCCUAUCUUCCUUCCGAUUCCAUUAUUCCAUACCCCAAUAAUCAAGGGCAAAAACAAAAUAGAUAUUCACAUAAUGAAGAAAGAAUUUUUCAAAGCAGGGAAGAAGUUAACAGCACUUCCAAUCAGGUUUCAACAGCUCACAUAUCUUUACACCAGGAAACUACCACAAUUACCAGAAGAGAAACAAACAGAAUAAGACAUCCGACUGAUUCUAGUACGGCAAGUAGCAUCAGGUUAGAAGAUGAAGCAGAAGAUGAAAGAUCCGACAGUGGAGCAGCAGAAAGUGAAAUUACUUAUUACCCUCCAUCAGAAGAAGGAUCCGAAAUUGGAAACAGUUCAUUUAAUGUACAGGCUACAAAAAAUGAAUCAACAAGAACAUUACCAAGAAAACUGAGAAGAUCUAAAACAGAAAAUCUUCAUGAAAUGACUCCUAAUAAGUCAUUAGAUCAUGAUGUAAACAGUGAUGGAGAUGAUUUGGGUACUUCAGGUGAAGGAGAAAGAUCAUUCAUUAACUCCAUGUAUGUCAGCACAGAAAAUUUGGAACGUUUGGACGAAAGGGAAAAAUUUAUGAAACGUACUUACGAAAGUUUAGAGAGAAGUGCAAGUUCCAUUUGGCAGAAAAAGCAAUUAAAUGAACAAUCUCAUGAUGAGAGGAAAAGUAUUUCGGCCAAAUAUCUUUCAAAAUCACCACAAAACAGUUCACAAUCUUAUACUCCAAAUAGUGGAAAGCAGGUAUAUUCUCAAACAAAAAAGAGAGAAGAACUAACAAAAGCCCUCAAUGAUGCCAGGAAAAAAUUAGAAACACUUGGCUGGAGAAAGGGUCUAAGUACAAGCAAAAGUGUGGGCGAUCUUCGAAACAUGCCCGAGAAAGAAACCUUGUGGAAACAUUCCCCUAGUGCAGCAGAAGAUGGAGAUAUUCGUCGAACGUCAUCGUUUGGGGACAUAACAGCUCCUUUUGCGUCACAUCGUAGACAUCUUCCUAACACGCCUAAUCAUGCUGAUUCUGAUGCUAUAUCUGCACCGUUGUGGGCGAGGGCCAAACAACGCUCUGACGAAGUAAAUACGGUCAAACCUGUAGCUUCAGUUAUAUCUACUCCCACAAAAAAUACCAUGUCGAGAAGUGCAAGCAUCAGUGCCCUCCAUCGUUCGGAAAAUUUAGAAUCUCAUUCGCCACAGAGAACUGUACCUGACACUCCGACCAGAAGUGUAUAUUCAUCUCAGAAAUCCAUCCACACAAACUCUAGUAAUUUGACGAGGUCAUCAUCCUCGUCUGCCAUGAAUGUCGCCGGCAGGUCUACGGUGGCGGCCGUUCCACCGCGUCGGCUGACUCUUGCACCCACUCAUCCGAGGUGGCAGCAUUCGGAUUCUUCCUCUUCGGAUGCUUCUCCGACCGAUUACAAACCGAACACGCUAACUGCCAGAAGCCUGGUGGCUCACUGGGAAAAGAAAUUGGGAAAUAGAGAAUCCAGUAAAGAAACUAGUGAUUUCUAUAAACAAACUUCCAGAUCAAAAAGUGAAUGGGAUUUGCAAAAAGCAUGCCAGCAGACCGACAAGAAAAAAGAAGAAUCUAAAUUAAAGACUGAUAUUUAUAAUAAUCAAAAAGAAAUUUUUGAUAAGAAAUUAUUAGAUAUUAAAGAUAAUGAAUUUAAAACAAAUGCUACAACAAAAGCACUAGAGAUGAGUCCUGAUGAUUUACCCGUGAAAGAUAAAAAUCCUUCUAACAAUUCUUUUAAGUAUUAUAAUGCUGCUUCUGUUCCUUUGACAAGAGAGUUAUGCGAACAAAUUGCUGAAGAAUUGAAACAAGUGACCAGUACUGCCAUGCAAGUUUUCCAAAGAGUAACUAUGGAUUCGGAAUUGUCGGCAAUGGAUAAAGCUUCUAUGACGACGGUGCUGGCCAAGGGAGUGUGGCAGGCCCAACAAAAUCUUCGUCCGGCCAUGCCGCCGGUACCCAUAUGGCCCAUGCCGCAGAACAGUUCUCUAGAUCCUAAUAUCUUUGCAUCCAAAACUAUUGGAAAUGUAAACAACUCGCUUUCCAUCGAUCCUGGCAUCGGCAAGGGAAGCGUGGAGAAUCCGGCAGAGACCGUCAAUGCCAUGACACUGUUACAGCAGUACUCGGAUAAACUGCUCAGUUUGGUCGAGCAGCAUAUCAAUAAAAACGUGCCAGAAACAUCUAAUAAAUAACUCAUGGAUAUAUUCGUUUUAUUAAUCUCAUCUUUCACCAAUGUGCAUUUAAUAUAGUUAUAUACUGCCAUUAAUGUAAAGUUUUGGAAGAAAGAAAUAACAUUCCCACUGUGAUGUAAUGUAAUUGCUCUAAGGAUGUUAACUUUUAUAACAUAUUGCUACAAAUUGUAUAAAUUAAUUAUUUUUUAACUAGUUGAUACAAGUGAUUAAUGUAUAGAUGGCAUUAUUUGUUGAAAAAUAUUUUGUUGUAAUUAAAAAUACUUUUUAUAAAGUAUAUUUUUUAAUAAUU